GGGAGUUUCUUUGCUGUGCUCAAGGAAGGAUGUGGAACGAUCAGUGAUUGUGGUGCUGUCAUCAGCAAGUACUUCAUGACUGGUGUCACUCCUGCAUUUCGCAAAGGGAUGAGUCCUCUCCAUGAAGCGCAGAUCAUCUCAGGCAAUGUUGAGCUGCAUGGCAUAUGUGGCUUUACUGAGGAGGAAGUCACAACACUAGUGCAGCACUACCUUCACAAGGACAAACAUGAAGCAGAUAAAAUUGUCUAUUCCAUGAGGAGGUUAUACAAUGGAUACUAUUUUGCCAACACUGCCUAUGAUGAAUCCAACCCACAACCACCUCUUCUAUACAAUCCACAGCUAGUGUUCCACUACAUUCGUACAUAUGAAAGCAGUGGAGUUGUUACUGUACCUAAUGAAUACACAUCAGUCCAUUCAAUGCACAUCCUCAGGUCUAUUGCUGAUAGUAGAGGAUUCUCAGUUGAUGAUCUUAUCCAGUUGAUUAUCUCUGGAUCUGUUGAAACAAAGACUGUGAAUGAAUUUGGAUAUAUUGACCUUCUCAGUCUUGGAAAAGACAGAAACCUUACUUGGUCGCUGCUUCUUUAUUUGGGUAUUCUUACUCACAGUCCAAGAGAAGGACAUCUGAGAAUUCCAAAUAAUGUUAUAAAAACUGAGUCAUCUGAUGGUCCAGUAUUUGAUAAUCUUGUCAAUGGUAGUGUUGAUGAGUUUAUUGAGCUUUUAAAGACCUUUUUACAAACAAGAACAGUGAGGUCACUGCAAAAUGCAA